UUGCGCGGCUUUCUUCUGUGCGCAUUUCUGGAAGCAGUUUAGCAGUGACCGCGGUUCGAGUAAGACGUCUUCGAGAUCCGAAGCACAUACACAGAGACAGUAAUUUUCGGUUUCGGGCAGGUGGCUUCCAGGAUAAUUUGGCUUCUAGGGAGCUUCAAGAAACUCCUGGAUUGUGGAGAGUAGGGUCAGUUGUUGACACGACCUUCCAAAUUAAUUGUCAUUGUCAGUUGUAAUCUGACCGGUGGAUCGAAAAUAACCAUCCGGAUACACCGGAUGCGGAUUCCUGUGGAUUUUUGUGAAGUGCUUACUUUGUGACCCUUUUCCAUAACCAGGGCGACUUAUUUUUUAAGGUGCGACAUUCAAAAAGAGUGCAAGUUUUGGUGUGACAAACAACUGGAUUGGAUUGGCGUGAAUCGUAUUGGAUUUGGUUUGCCAACGAUUGCUGGCGCAAGGCGCAAACGCAAACGAAACGGAAACGGCGCGUUUGCGUGAAAGUGUUUUCUCUUUACUCUCGACGAACGAACGAACGACUUGACUUAUUUCGAAUCGAAAUAAAGCGUUGGGGAAGCCAGGCGACAUAAAAUCAACGACACCAAAGCUGGUGCGGUUUCGACGGAGUAAAAAGUUGUUUUGAAAUUUAAUAAAAAUUGAAGAAAAAAAAAACGUCAGUGAAAGAAGGUUGACAAGUUUGUGAAGCGCGCUUGUGGAGCUUGCGCGAGGAUAAUUGAUAUGUCGUGAAUUGAAACACCUGAAUUUGAUAAGUUGUGGCAGUGGAAUGUGGAUGUGAAACAAAUUGAAUUGACAAAUUCAUUAAAAAAAAUUAACAAGUGAAUCCUCAAAAAAAAAAAUUAUCCAUGAAGAGGUGAAGCGUGCCCAGAAUUAUUUCGGAUAGAAGAAGACGAAGUUUAACGGUUUAACUACUGGACGAGCAGUUGGAGGGAUUUUUCGGACUUAGUUCAUCGAAGACAGAUAUAAAGGAAUUGGACUUGCUGGAGGAAGCAGAGGCGAUUUAAUAAAAUGACAAGACGCAAGCACAUUUACCAGCUACUGCUGGUGCUCCUGGCGGUGGUGUCACAUGGACAGGAAAUACAAGAAGAUGAACCGACAGCAGCGCCACAAAUCGCCGACACCGGUGCCGAUUCCGCCGUCGCGGAAACAGUCCCGAUGCCGGAAGCCAUCAUCGCCCCCGGAAGCUGUCGGUUUCCUGGAGCACCGGCCCACAGCACCGUCACGUUCACGGACGAUACACUCGGCAACGGUGCCGUUGCGUCCUAUUCCUGCGAGCGGGGCUUCGAACUGCUCGGACCGUCCCGGCGCGUCUGCGACAACGGCCAGUGGAUGCCGGAAGGAAUUCCCUUCUGCGUGCUAAAUGUGGCCGCCGGCAAGGCCCCGAUGCAGAUUUCGACCGAUGCGUCCGGCAUCCCGCAGAAGGCAAUCGACGGUUCGACGUCCGCCUUUUUCUCGCCCGAGACCUGCUCCCUCACGAAACCGGAACGCGUUCCCUGGUGGUACGUGAACCUGCUCGAGCCGUACAUGGUCCAGCUGGUGCGACUGGACUUUGGAAAAUCCUGCUGCAGUAAUGGCAAACCGGCAACGAUCGUCGUCCGUGUCGGCAACAACCGACCCGAUCUGGGAACGAAUCCGAUCUGCAAUCGCUUCACCGGCAGCCUCGAGGAAGGUCAACCGCUAUUCUUGCCCUGCAACCCACCGAUGCCCGGGGCCUUCGUCUCGGUCCAUCUGGAAACCAACGUCCCCAGCCAGCUUUCGAUCUGCGAAGCCUUCGUCUACACGGAUCAAGCGUUACCCAUCGAACGGUGCCCGGCCUUCCGGGACAUGCCUCCGGGUGCCUCCGCCUCGUACAACGGCAAAUGUUACAUUUUUUACAAUAGGCAACCGGCGACUUUGAGGGAUGCUCUGGCAUUCUGUCGCGCCCGCGGUGGAACCCUGAUCAACGAAAGCAACCCGGCGCUGCAAGGUUUCAUCAGCUGGGAGCUGUGGCGUCGCCACCGUAGUGAUACCUCGUCCCAGUACUGGAUGGGCGCGGUCCGGGAUACGCAGGAUCGCAACACCUGGAAGUGGAUCGGUGGCGAUGAUGUGAGCGUUUCGUUCUGGAACUUGCCCGGCGGAGAUGAGGACUGUGCCCGGUACGAUGGAUCGAAGGGGUGGCUGUGGAGCGACACCAACUGUAACACCCAGCUGAACUUCAUCUGUCAACAUCAACCCAAGGCCUGUGGCCGACCGGAACAGCCUCCGAACUCUACCAUGGUUGCGCCGAGAGGUUUCGACGUUGGAGCGGUCGUUGAGUACAGUUGCGAUGAAGGACACCUGCUAGUUGGACCUUCUCAAAGAACCUGCCUGGAAACUGGCUUCUACAAUGAGUUCCCGCCAGUCUGCAAAUAUAUUGAGUGUGGUCUGCCUGCUUCGAUUCCACAUGGCUAUUACGAUCUGCUCAACGGAUCCGUCGGUUAUCUGAGUUCUGUUCAUUACAAGUGCAAUGAAGGCUACGAAAUGGUGGGACGAGCACUGCUAACGUGUGAUAUUGACGAACGCUGGAAUGGACCUCCACCACGUUGCGAGCAGAUUGAAUGCGAACCCCUGCCGACACUAUUCCCGAAUGGAGUGAUCGCUGCACCAAAUGGCACUGCUUAUGGUUCCCAGGCCGAAGUGGUCUGUAAUCGUGGAUUCAUUCCGGACAGUCCGGAUACAGAAAUCUUCUGUACUGCCAGUGGACAGUGGAGCAGUAUUCUACCAAAAUGUGUAGAAGAUCCAACUAUCAGGGUUCCGACUACGACGCAACCUCCAUCUACAACCCGAACUCCACUGAUCGUGGCCUCACCUAGCACUCCAGUUCCCGCUACUCAGUACACUCAGAAGCGUCCUCAAUCGCGACGACCGACCAGACCAACAACUCGAUUCUCGACGACCACCACGACUCAGUCUCCUCUGUUCAGCAUCGAGAUCGAAGACGGUAACGAAAGUGAUGGCUUAGACGGCUUCUACAUCGGUACUAACGAGGAUUACUCUCUUCCACCUCUAGAAGUCCGACCGGGCGUUGUACGAGAGGAAGUUCCGCCACGUAAUCCGUUCCGUCCAGGCCAGAAUGCUGUUGGCAAGAUUCCACCGGCCCAGCAAGUUCCACCGACGAAUCGAGUCAAACCAUCGUUCUACGAACCACCGACGACUACAACAUUCACAACAACUACUACUACCACUACACAAACACCAAUACAGACAAGACCAAGCACACCAACUACACGGCAGACCACAACGUCACGCUCCCCGCAGGACAUUAUUCUGUCGCAGCACCCGCAGGACAAUGAAAUCGCUGGAUCGGUCAAUAUCCGACAGGAUCAAUCGCCGAAGGUCAACGUACCGUUUGCCGUUGACAAUUCGGACAGCGACAGUCUUGGAGGCAACUCGAACUUUGGCACCGGUUCCGGAUCGGAACGCAAGGAAGCCAAGAAUGCCCGCCUCAAUCUCGGAGCCAUCGUAGCUUUAGGAGCGUUCGGAGGUUUUGUCUUCCUGGCUGCUGUCAUUACCACGAUUGUGAUAGUAGUGCGAAGAAACCGCACCGCCAACCAGCACUACCGGCACCGUGCCUCGCCCGACUGCAACACCGUGGCGUCGUUCUCCAGCUCCAGCUCCGAGUCCCACAACGGCCUGAAUCGGUACUACCGACAAGCCUGGGAAAAUCUACAUGAGUCGGCCUCCAAGGGACACAACAACAGCCACGGCGGCGGCUCCUCCCAUCACAGCAGCGCCCUCAAGCGGAAGGAAACGAUGGAUGCACCGCCACCCAGUCGAUCCCGGUCCCGCGAAAACCUUGGCGGCGGCGGCGGCGGCAAUCGCUCGAGAGAUCUGGACAGAUUUUUUAUCGACAGAUCCCGGGAGAACUUGUCGACGAACCGGAGCAGCCGGGACUACCAGCGGGACAGCAUGACGGUGCGCGAUGGGUCCGAGAUGGUGGUGUCAGAUGUGUGCGUCAAGGGUGAGAAAAAGCGGCACCACCACCAUCACCACAAGAGCAGCCACCAUCGGGGCCCAGGCGAGGGACGUAAUGGCGGCCACCGGGACAACGGUAGCGACUUCCGGGAACCGAACAUCCUUGGCAGCGGAAAUGGACGCCAUGGCGGUGGCGGCGGCGGCGACCGGCGCCAUUACUGACCACGUGCGAUGGUGAUCACUAUCAACUUGGACGGAGCGGGUGGACGGCAGACAGACGACGACGAUGACGGCGAGAACGGUCCUCGGCGGGUGCUUCUGAACUCGCUCUGGGAGUAAUCGAACAGCAACGGCCUUACUGGAAAUUCUUCUCUUACUAUUUACAAACUUUGCCUACUUUUCUUGCUUCCAAGUCCACCUACGGACUGUUUGUUAUUUUUCAUUGUUGUAUGUAAUUAUUUAUUUUUCAUUACUUAGCUAGCUCGUAGUUCUUCAGAGAUGUUUAACUUGUGAAACUAUCAAAAAGCGAACAAAAAUCUUUAAUAUAUCACCAUAGGAUAGGAAAUUUGAUAGUCAAAACACACUUUUCAUCCCGUUACCUUACCAUUUAGCCACUGUUGAACAUCGGACAUCAAACAAUCACCCGAACACGCACACGCCAACACAAUCGAACGUGACACUGAAAGAAAUUUUCUACUACGUUUGUUAGUGAUUCACCUCAUAGUUUUUUUUCCUUAAGUUGUAUUUCUUCAGUUGAUUUUUUCCCAUUAUCACUCUUGCACCAAUCCGCUUACAGAAAUCAAUCUUGACCGGGUCUGAACACGUUGAUUUUUUGCUGUUGUGGUGACAUCUUGGUUUGGUAGAUGCAUGGGUACUCGACAACGGGAAAGUUGCGCUUAGUUAGAUGGAUGAAAAAACACUCACACACUGAACAGUUCAGACACGGUCGACAUUGCUUGCAUGUUCUUUAGACAUUUACUCUUUUCUUUACAUACUUUCCAUCGUUUUAUACCACCUUCAGUUAAAACAUUUGAAGAAGAAGAAUUAGUUGAAGAAAAAAAACUUAAGUCUUAAGUCGUUAUUUAUUACCAUAUUUCAUCGGAAGUUAUUUUCCCUACUAAGAUUCCUUACUGAGUGAUUUGAUCGCACAAAUCUGUUUUGUUGAAUUGUUUUUUUAUUAUUAUUAUUAUUGUCUACUUGUUUCGUUUUUCGUUUUCUAUUCGUAACAUGUCGAGCUGCGGACACGAUGAGGUUUUAAUAACUUUUUCUCUCUCUAAGAGUUUGUGUACAUAUAUCGAAACCUAUAGAGUUGGCAGUUUGAUGAUCGUUAAACAAACGAAAAUCACACAUCAUAACACCCUUAAUUAGUUUAAGCGAAGCAAAGAUUAGAAACUGAAACUGAAACAAAAAAAAACACGAAACCGUAGUUGCAAUAUGAAGUUCUAGUGCAGAUUAGGGGAAGGAGAAAAAAAAAAUAGAAACGAAAUCGAAUGAAACAUAUACCUAUUUUAGUCUUAACUAAAAGAAAAAAAAUCUGUCCAACCGAAAAAAAACCACGAAUCGCUCAAGUUGUUAAUAGUUACUGAGUAAGCAGCAAACCCCGCAUAAUUACCACGCGCUUUGAAACGCAAAAAUAGUCAGGGAUCUAUUGUUUCGACGCAGCCCAACACUUUAAAAAAACACAACCUUAUUGGGAAUUAGCCAAACAGGUGUUGGCCCCCAAAAAACGGAAAACCAGAAGAAUCCUUAGGAAAAGUGCCAUUAGAAAGGCAAUCCCUGGAACAAAAAUGUCCCAUCACAUCAAAAAAAAAUUCUAACAGGUUUCUUUCACAGCGACAUAAUUGAAUUUACAUUUUUCCGACCUAAGUAGUAACGUUUAGAAACGUAUUGAUUGCGCAUAGAUUGUAGUAGUUAGUAGUGAAAAAACAGUAAAUUGUGCAUUUCAUUUGAAUAGUUCUAAAAUAGUAAAUUCAAAAGUAGUCCUGUCUUCAUCGCUCGUUCCAACUGACUCAGUCAGUUGGAAAGACAUUUGAAGAUAGAAUUGCCUUUUUUGAACAAAACCAAACAAAGCGCGCGCUCAAGUACGUUGUGAAAAAAAGUUUAAAAUGGUACUUCAGUUAGAACCCAGUUACUAGUGUAGUAGAGUAGGAACGGACGAACGACGAACGAAGACGAAACAGCAAACAAGCAGUAUAACGUAGAAUUAAAAAAUCAGUGGUUAAGGUUACAGCAUACAUGGUUAGAAGAAGAGGGUUUCGAAAACGCACUCUAUAGAAAGCAAUGUGGCGAAAGCAGAGGGGAAAUAAAUUGUAUGUAAUAAACCCACAUAUGUAAUAGAGGGAUUACAGAAAGUGCAUGGGUAGUAGUUCGAGAUCAAGACAAUGUAAAUAGUAAAAGUAUACAGUAAUAAAGAGUAAAAACUAAAAA